GACACAAUAUUGUGUCAUGUGAUCAUCAUUUUGUAAAAUAUGUUAAAGUGUAACAACUCUUAAAGUGUUUAUUAAUAUAUUUUUAUUCCCGUGUUGUUAGUUAUUGUGAUUUAAUUUACUGAAAAAAGAACACAUUAGAUUGGACUUUAAACAAGGUUUAUCCUAAUCUGUGAAAGAUAGAUCUUCUUGUGAGAAAAGAUGCGUACAACCUUAUUGUCUGUGUUAUCAAUUAUCGUAUAUGUUAACCCAGUGCAUUCUGAUAUAGACUAUACCGUGUGUAACCCGCUGAAUGCAACAGUCGUUCCCCCGCCACCACCGGAACUCGCUAAGUCAUAUUCAACACGAGUGGAAUGGAAAUGGUUGAAUACAAAUACCACCGUGGAUAUCACGGAAAUAUACAACGGCAUCACACAAAUGGGUAGUCAAGACAUGUACAUUGAGGGUCAAGAUGUCAAAGUGAUAUAUGAUUAUAAGGAAAAUCAGUAUAUAACAUAUACACAACGUGAUGGCUGUGUCGUCAAGGGCCUUGGUACGCUCGCAUUCUACGAUAACAAAAUCUGGCUGACAGCAUUCAAACUCCUGUAUAAUAUUGCUAGAAGAGCUGAUGUG